UUGGAAAGGCAAAAAAUUAGUGAAUCUUCUUUCUUUACAGCGAAACAGUUGGUGGAGCUGGAACUACUGGAAGAUACUUCGGAUCCUGACGAAAAAGAUAUCUGCAAUAAUAGGGCAGCAAUCAAUCAAGUCUGUUGGCAAUUAAGAAAAAUAUCGGAAGAACUACCCAAGGUGAAGCUCAAAAAAAUCAGCGCAACUCAACGAUUUCUGAUACCGUUUCUCUUCUUACAGAAUGCUUUCGAUGUAAGGAAACCAACCAUUCCAAAAGGCGAAAAAGAAUUGGCUGCUGAACGCCGCAGAAGAAAAUUGAAAGCAAAAGAGAGACAAGCCACUCUACUUCUUGGAAUUAUUCUUUCAGCAUUUAUACUUUCAUGGCUUCCAUUUUUCAUUAUGUAUGUCAUUGGAGCGUUCGGGUACGAAGCUCCCGCCGUAGUUUUCAAAUUCUUCUUCUGGUUGGGUUACUGUAAGUUAUUUAUAUCUUGUAAUUAUGUUAGUAGUUAG